AUGGCGGGUUGGGUCGUGACAUUGACGAUUGCACCGGUGGUUUUCAUGGAUUUAAUGAACAGCGUAUUCAGGCUCUUCCUAGAUCUGUUCGUGAUUGUGUUUAUUGAUGAUAUUCUUUUGUACUCUGGAUCAAAGGCAGAACAUGCGGAUCAUUUAUGUGUUGUCCUUAAAGUUCUUCAUGUUCGGAAGUUGUAUGCAAAGUUCUCUAAAUAUGAGGGUAUCAGGGUGGAUGCGCAGAAGAUUGAAGCCGUGAAGAAUUGGCCUAGACCCAAGACACCCACGAAGAUUUUAGGAGAGGCACAUUACUCCUAUUAUUCUAUUCAUCCAGGGAUGACAAAGAUGUACCAGGAUAUUAAGGAAGUCUAUUGGUGGGAUGGAAUGAAGAAGGACGUAGCAAAGUUCGCGGCCCAGUGCCCCAAUUGCCAACAGGUGAAGAUUGAACAUCUGAAACCCGGUAGGUUAUUGCAAGCCAUUGAAAUUCCAAUGUGA